AUGGCAUCUCGCAAAUGCGCAGCAGUCGUCGUGGGCGCCGGCCCGGCCGGCGUUGCAGUCAUGGGGAACUUGUUAGAGCGCCAGAUAGGCACGAUAGCCUGGAUUGACCCCAGUUUUGAGUCCGGUCGAGUCAACCGGAAAUACCGCGAGGUUCCUAGCAACACCAAAGUGGCGCUCUUCCAGGCCUAUGCCAACGCGACACAACCCUUCAAGACCAUCAUCGAGAACACGCAUCUCCCCAAUGCAUUCUCCACGAUGGCCAAACUGGACCAGGAGAAGACCUGCCGCCUGCACUACGCCGCAGACAUGGUCCGCGGCCUAACAGACGGCCUCAUGAAAAUGGAACAGGUCUACGCAUGCCGCGGCUUCGUCACCACCGCCAGCCUGGCCGAGAAGACACAGACCACAGAAAACAAAUGGACCGUCACCGUCAAACGCCAUGAUUCAGAGGAAGAGCUCGAAAUCGAAACCUCCCGUUUGAUCCUUUGCACGGGCGCCCACCCAACCAACAUCCCCGUCCCGGUUCCGGGCCUCAACAUCACUCGCUUGGACCUCGACACAGUCCUCAAACCCUCCGAGCUCGCAGAGACUCUCCCAAAAACCUCCCCUUCCACAGUCGCGAUCGUCGGCGCCUCUCACUCCGCCAUCCUCGCAAUCCUCAACCUGGUCACCCUCGCCCGCGAGUCGCACCCCCACCUACGCGUGAAAUGGUUCACCCGUCACCCCCUCCGCUACGCGGAGUACAAGGACGGGUGGAUCUUGCGCGACAACACAGGUCUAAAGGGCCUAGCCGCCGACUUUGCCCGCUCCGAACUCGAAGAUGACCGUCUCUCGACAUCGCCUGCUGGCCAGGUCCUGUCGAAGGUCGACUGUGCCGGUGGUGAAGCCCGUGAAUUGGAAAUGUAUCAACAGCAUCUGCCUGACUGCUCGCAUAUCGUCCACGCCGUGGGAUUCACGCGUGAUCCAUUGCCGCAACUUAUGAAGAAUGAUCGGGCUCUCGCUAUGGAGUUCGAUCAUGAGUCGGGCAAGUUCCAUGCGCCUGGUGAUGGGCCCGUCAUUCCUGGUUUGUUUGGGGCUGGUAUUGCUUUCCCCGAACGUGUUGUUGACCCUCAUGGGAACGCGGAGUAUGCGGUGGGCUUCUUCAAGUUUAUGAAGUUCUUGAAGCGGGUUAUGCCGUCAUGGGGCCCGGCGUGA